AUGGAUUCUUUGGAAAUACUUCCGCAGGAGAAUUCCCACCUUGGGACAAGCCCGAUCUUCUCCUUCCCUUUCCUCCAGGUGCUCCAGGUGCUCCUCCAGGUGCUCCAGGUGCUCCAGGCCUUGGUGGAGGCUGGAGAGGAGCUGGGAGAGGAGGGUGUGGUCCCAUGCAGCAAGGCUGCUCUGUGCGCUGAAGAGGGUGAACAUCUGCAGGAGCAUCUGAUGGUGCAGACAGCAGGCUGCUGUGGGGUCAGAGUCGCCUGUGCUGGGGACACUGCUGUUGGCCCCGUCUCUGUGGGAGAGCUCUGCUCUCAGCAUCCACUUCCAUCUUGUCCCCCUGGCAACCAGAAUGAUCUGCAGAAACAGGUGCUCCAGGUGCUCCAGGCUGUGAUGAAGGCUGGAGAGGAGCUGGGAGAGGAGUGUGUGAUCCCAUGCAGUAAGGCUGCGCUGUGCGCUGAAGAGGGUGAACAUCUGCAGGAGCAUCUGAUGGUGCAGACAGGGAGAUUGAGAGAAAGAGAAAGAAAUAUCAAUGAGAGAGAGAAGUAUGCUCUCUACUGGGGAUCCAGCACAAAGCCUGGGCAUGUCUCAAGCAGCAAAGGAGCUUUCUUUCCUGAAGAGGUGGAAUGCCUGCAGGAUCAUCUCAUGGACAACAGCUGGCUUGAGCCUUCCGGAACUGGUGCGGCCAAAGGCUUUCUCGGGGAACCUAAAGUUGUUUCUGCAUUUUAGGCAGGAGGGAGGGAAGAUUCUCAUUUGUACCAGGAGAAUCAAGGCCCCCUUUUAGCCAGGCUGUGGGUCUGAGUCCUGUCACAGCACAGAGAGCAGAUGGAGUGCAGGUAAGCUUCAACAGGGCCAUCAGGAAGGAAAAGGGUAGGGCUGUUGGGACCUUGCAAAUGCUGCUGGCCUGGCUGAGCUGGGUGACACUCUGAUCCUUGGUCUCUCGGUGAGCAGGGCAGAGCCUCUCUGUGAACCCAGAGUCUGGAAGUGGUGAUUUGUGGGCUCUUGAUUUUUUCCUGACAGCCAACAGCCACCUUGGGGGAAGAGAUUAUGACAUUUACUCAAUGCUAUGGGCACGCAUCUCGCACAACCUAACUCUCCUGGGUACACUUCACAUGUCCAAAAAAUUAUAUGGAUAUAAGUCUUGUGCUAUUUCCUUGUGACCAAAACAAAACUUUCAACUUUUAACAUAUAUAUUGAAUGCCUAAGAAUGUCCACCCAUGUCUUUAAGCUGAAGUACUGAGGAUUAUGGAGAUACAGGUAUUCAAUAAUUCACUCCUCUUGAGCACACAUCUCAGAUACAGUAUGUUUAUUUUUAUUUAUAGUAUAUACUAGAGGCCUGGUGCCUGAAAAUUCAUGCACUGGAGGGGGGUUCCUCAGUUUGGCCUGCCUCCUCUCACAGUCUGGGAGCCCUCAGGGGUGGGAGGCUACCCGGCUAUCAGAGGAAGGCAUCACGCCCCAUCACACCUCUGCUGCUGCCUCUGCAGGCAGAGCAAGCCUCAGCUGGUCCUAGUUAUCUGAGCCUCAGGUGGUCCUGGGUGGCUGGGCAGCCGUCAUCCAAGGUUUGCCCGCACCUCGGGCCAGCCCUGGGUGGCUGGGGGGCUGAGGGAACUGGGGGACUCUGGAGGCAGGCGCAUGGCAAGACCCAGCCCACCGAGGGGUGGGCCCCACCUUACCACACCCCUGCUGCCCUGAUGGGGCUGAGAGGACUGGGCACUGCCAUCUUGUGGCUGUGGAUGCCGCCAUCUUUGAGAAUGGGGUGGUCAAUUAGCAUAUUCCCUCCUUAUUGACUGUGGGCACUGCCAUCUCUGCAACCAUGUGAGGGUCAAUUAGCAUAUUCCCUCUUUAUAGAUAGUAUAUAUAUUACAGUUAUAAAAUACUAUGCAUAUCAUAAAGUAUACAUUUGGAAUAAAAAUUUAAAAUGGAUAAGUAAAUCUAUGUUAAAAACAUU